AUGCCUGCUUUGGCCAGGAAGCACUGCAAUAGGUAUGAACAACGGCUCGGGCCUGAAAAGUACAAUGCACGGUGCGAGCGAGCUCCGCGUUUGAGUACAGAGGAGCUCAGUGAAUUGGUUGUCCGCGCUGAGCGAUUGAAUAAGCGAGGAAUGCCGAGUUUCUGGGAUGCAUUCGUGGCGAUGCUUACGACGAAGCAGUUCGGAGGAUGCGCGAAACAAAUGCCUGACCAGCUGCCUGACCUGGGGAAACUGCAACUGUGA